GCAGGUGUUGGUGGAUGUUCCCUGUACCACAGAUCGCCAUUCGCUUCACGAGGAGGAAAACAAUAUCUUUCGGCGGUCAAGGAAGAAGGAGCGACAGAUGUUGCCUAUGCUGCAAGUGCAGCUUCUUGCGGCUGGACUCCUUGCCACCAAACCAGGAGGCCAUGUUGUCUAUUCCACCUGCUCACUCUCACACUUACAGAACGAGUAUGUUGUGCAAGGCGCCAUUGAGCUCCUGGCCAAUCAGUACAGCAUCGAGAUUCAAGUGGAAGACCUGACUCACUUCCGAAGACUUUUCAUGGACAUGUUCUGUUUCUUUCCAUCCUGCCAGGUUGGGGAGCUGGUAAUUCCAAACCUCCUGGCCAAUUUUGGGCCUAUGUACUUCUGCAAAAUGCAUCGACUGACAUAGCAUCACAAAAGGUAUACUGUGUUGGAGGCAGUGGAAAUGGGAGACUGAGACCCGUGGCAGAGAUGUACUCUGGAUCCUGCCUCCAUUCUGCUUGCAGUUUUCAGCAGUAGGAAAUAGGAAUUUUUCUGUCCUGCCAUCCAAUUGUGGAGCAUCAGCAGGUUUCUAACUUAUUUAUUAGCCCCCCCGCCAUUUCCAAGCCUAUACUAAAGUUUGCUGCCCCCCCUCAGGGCCUUAGAAGGAGGAGCCUGUGAACACGCUCACACAUUAAGCUGUAAACUUGGGAAGAAGCCUUUAACCAAUAAAAUUGUUGAAGCUCCAUAGAGCUGGGGCUGUAGUUGGGGGCUUCAUGUCAAUCCAAGUGCCAUUAGUUGCAUUUGUACCAGAUGGUUGCACACUUGAAGUGAGUUCCACCUGAUUAGACUUUAGCAGCCAACAGACCCAAACAAACUUACCUAGUUUCUCCAUAUGGCCCAUGAUCUAAUUUAGGAAGCAAGAACUAAAAAUGUUAAGCCAAUGUAAAGUAAUCUGCUUACUUACAUUGAGAAACCUCUCCUGAGCGGAAUAAUUCCAGCCAUUCUUCCUGAUUUCAACAGCACUGCUACCCAAAUGUGACUGGGGAAGCUGCUUCUGCCACAGGGCUGUCAUACUCUUAUGAGCCUUAUCCUUUGUACAUUCAUCUAGUGGGUAUUCCCUGAGCUCCUGUAUGACAGGUAGCUAGGGAGCUCUUGGAGAUGUAGCAGUUGGGAUUGUGGGAGACAGUGGGGUUUUCUCACUCUUUGGAAUGGCAUCUCUCCUCUUUUUGCUUUCUGAACACCUAGGA